UUUCCCCCGACCAGCCCCUUCAAAUAAAAACAAAGGGGUUUGUUUUUGGUUUUAUAUCUUUGUCAACACAUGGCACAACCUGAUGAUGAUAGGGUCUAUGUAAGGCCUAGCUGUUAUGAGGUGAAGCAUAUAAAUCUAAAUCAACCACUCUAACUUGUCAUCCGGCCAUCCUUGAUAUUCCAGGGGUUAUGCUUACUUUUUGCUCUUUGCACCUCUGGUAUGUCAAAUCAGCCACUCUUUUGAUAGAGGAAAUUCCCUCUGUGCAAAACUAAAAGGAGACUACCUGUCAUACUAAUGCCCCCUAUUUUUAAAUGUCUUUAAUUGCAUUGAAACACCACAGCAAACCAAGCUCCUUUUCACCAUACAAUCACAAUUAAUUUGUAACAGGAAAGUAAAAAAAAACUUCACGCCUGAGUGCAUUCCGGGUUUGGUCCUCGUCCGCGAUACAGGUCCUCACGACCUCUUGUUAAAUGUUUACAAGCAAUAUUUCAGGGAUCCAAUUAGCUGAACCUUCAGGUGUUAAUACAGGCCUUGACGUUAUUUUGUAAGGACGUGCCAGAAAGCAAAGUAAAUCACUAGGUACGUCCCAAUGUCAUUCACAGCGUUUGAAACGCGAUUUUCACCACAGAAUAAGAAUUACUCGAUGUACAUUAAUGUAGGUCAGGUUUCGCUUUUAAAACGAGGUAAAUCGGAAGUCAAGUGUUAUCUUUAGGAAAUUCUUCCGACACCAAACAAAAAUGUGUCGCUCUAAGCUAUUGAAGAUAAAAAAAAGAUAGAAACAACGGAUGUUAAAAUGUGUGUAGGUCUACAGUGCAGUAUUUCGCUACUUAGGCUACAAGUUUAUAAAUAAGAAUCGGUGUUCGCACCUAGGACACUACUUACCGGCUGUCACAAAAUGACUUGUACCGUUACGCAUCUACUAUAAAUCAGAGACAUAUAAAGCCAAUAAAUGUACAUUAUGUACUCGGUGUCUUAUUAUUAUAAGGUUUAGUUAUGACACUACUACGCAGGUAUUUCGGUAUCAUGGUAUUAUUCCAAAAUCGCGUCCCCAUGGCUGCUGCCUACAAGCUUGCGGUACAAGGCCAUUUGACAACCGGAAGAACUGGAUUUGGCGGGACUUGCCAACACCGUUCUGUGCGUUCAUUUUUAACAGAUAUUGUAAACAAUCAAGCAAGGCUCUGUGCGAUGAAGAGAGGUGCUUUGAUCGUGUUUGAAGGAGGAGACCACAGCGGGAAAACGACACAAUGCACCAAACUCAUACAUGCAUUUGAAUCGGCAGGAGAGAAGGUUAAGUUGUUCAAAUUCCCAGACAGGACCUCCACCAUUGGACAGAUGAUAAACAACUACCUGGGCAGCAAAUGUGAAAUAGAGGAUCAUUCCGUUCAUCUUCUCUUUUCUGCCAACAGAUGGGAAAAACAGCCACGCAUGAUGGAACUUUUGGAAUCUGGAACCACUUUAAUUGUGGAUAGGUACGCAUUCUCAGGUGUCGCCUUCACGGCUGCUAAGCCAGGCUUUGCCAUUGAGUGGUGUAAGCAGCCUGAUAUCGGUCUCCCAAGGCCAGACCUGGUGUGUUUUCUCACACUGGACACUGAAGCAGCUGCAAAGAGGGGCACGUUUGGAGGAGAACGGUAUGAACGGACAGAUUUCCAAAAGAAGGUUAUGAACAAUUUUGAGAAACUUAAGGACUCCACAUGGAAGGAAAUUGAUGCUGACAAAAGCAUUGAUGAUUUGCACAAAGAAAUCUUAGACCUGGCUACAACAACGAUGGCGUCAGUGGCUCAGAAUCCGAUAGAAAAACUGUGGAUGCCGGAUGACACAGAAACGAAGUGUAAAAUGUAGGAACUAGCAAAACAAAGGAAUCGACAACUGUCACAAAACAAUGCAUUUAUCUUAACAAACAUCGCUUUAGAAUUAAUUUAAUUUCAGCCUUUUGAGGUCGACACCGAUAUCAACAUUCUUUUCCACUGUACACUUAGCAUUUCUAUCACUUCAAACCACUAAGAUUGUUAAGGUAUUUGUAUGGUCUGAUUUGCCUUGUUCGAUCAUCUAAGUAAAAAUGGGAGAGUAUCCAUCUUAGAAGGUUUUUUUAGGGGGGAAGGAUGGGUGUGUGUGUGGGGAGGGGAGGGCACUUUUUAUUUUAGAUCAACCACAUCAUGACAUCUCUUUCCUAUAUCUAUAUCUAUAUGUAUAAUAUUAGUAAGUGUACUAUCAUAAACAAAUUCUAGUAGGAUGGGGAUGCAAUCAUAUUCAUGUCAACAAUAUGUCAGCGAUUUUUUUUAAUUUUUAACAUAUUUUUCAAAAUUCACAGAAUGCAAUCAUUAUUACUCUCUGCUAUGUGUGAUGAACACUUCCUUGAUGGACAAAAACACCGCAUUUUUUUUUCAUGCAUUUAACGCCACAUUUGAGAAAAGGAAUGAGGGAGAUAUCCCUCACUCAAGGUUUCAGAGGUGGACGCCUAUGGAGUUAAUUGUAUUGAAACUCAUUUUCUAUCUUUCGUGCAAACUUGAAAAGCUAUCCGAAGCAUAGCAUGUAGAUCAGUAGGCCUAUUCACACAAAAAUACACCAUUUUGCCACAGUAUAAUAUAAGUAACGUGCUUUCCUGUGAUAUUAAAUCUUGUCAAUUACUGUAAAUGUGUUGGUCAUUGACCAAUAGUAGAAAGUGCCUUUAUAGAAUUGCAUUUGUUCAUGUAUAUAUAUAAAUAUUAUAUAAAGUGAAGAAUCUCCUAGAAGAGAUGAAAGUACUAAAGACU